GUACAUUCUCCAAGCACAAACUCAUAUUCUUCUCUUCUUGACACCAUUUAUUACCUUAAAAAAUCCUACAAGAAAACAUGAUUGUCAUACUCAGAAUGGCUGUAGGAUUAAUGGGGAACGCUGCCUCGUUUUUACUUUAUGCUGCUCCCAUAUCUACUUUCGCUAGGGUGAUAAGGAAGAAAAGUACUGAAGAAUUCUCAUAUGUACCUUACACCAUUGCCCUGUUGAACUGUUUGUUUUACACUUGGUAUGGUCUGCCUGUUGUAAGCUAUAAAUGGGAGAAUUUCCCUAUGAUCACCAUUAAUGGCCUCGGUAUCUUUCUUGAGUUUUCGUUCAUCGUCAUCUUCAUAUGGUUUGCUUCACCAAAACAAAAGUGGAAGGCUGGGAUCAUGACAACUGCACUUAUAAUCUUCUUCUCCAUUAUUGCACUGAUAUCAACUUACAAAUUUCAUGAUCACAAAACAAGAAAACAAUUGGUUGGAGGUGUGGGACUUAUAGCAUCAGUAGCUAUGUAUGCUUCUCCUCUUGUUGUCAUGAAAAAGGUGAUUCAGACAAAGAGUGUUGAGUUCAUGCCAUUUAGCUUGUCUUUGUUCUCGUUUCUUGCUAGCGUACUAUGGAUGGCUUAUGGACUUCUCGGACGGGAUCUUCUAAUCACGGCUCCAAAUCUGGUGGGGGCGCCGUUAGGGGCAUUGCAACUGGUGUUGUAUUGCAAAUACAGAAACAGAGUAACGGUGGAACCAAAACCGGCACAAGAAUGGGAUGUAGAAAAGGUUGACAUGAAAAUAAGCAAACAACAUAUGCAGACUGCUGAGGUUGUUACAACAGACGAUAAUAUUAAUGAAAAAAAGUCAUCGCAGAAGAUCAACUCUUGAUGGGUUCGAUUAUUAUGUCGUAAGCAGAGAUGAACCGUAUCAGAGGAUAAAUUAGCAGCAGAGGCCAAGAAUGUGGUGAUAUAUUAAUAUUUAAUAGUUAUAUGUAUGUUUAAUGGUUCAUUUUAGUGUAAUCUUAUGUAAUCAUGUCUUACUUGAAGAUCAUGUUAUUUAAAUUUCAGUAAUCCGAUCCAA